CUCUCCUUAACUCUUCAUCCACUCCCUAACCACCUAAGAAUCCUCUCCACUCCAUCAACAUGUCCGCAUCCGCCCUCCUCAAAGCACGCUGCCGAAGGCCUUCCUACCUCCAAAAGCUAGCCCAAGCCGAGGACUUAAUCGAUCUCUUCCCUCACAACUCCUACAUCGGCUGGUCGGGUUUCACGGGCGUAGGCUACCCCAAAAAAGUCCCAACCGCUCUCGCCGAACACGUGGAAAAGCACAAUUUGCAGGGAAAGCUCAAGUACAACUUGUUUGUGGGGGCUUCGAGCGGUUCGGAGACGGAGAAUCGAUGGGCUAGGAACAAUAUGAUCGAGAGGAGGGCGCCGCAUCAGGUGGGGAAGGAGAUUGCGAAGGGGAUAAAUAAUGGGAAUAUCAAUUUUUUCGAUAAGCAUUUGUCGAUGUUUCCGGUCGAUUUGAUGUAUGGGUUUUAUACCAAGCAUAAAUCGAACAAUCGUCUGGAUGUGGCGGUUGUGGAAGCUUCGGCCAUUACUGAAGAUGGUGGUAUCAUUCCUGGAGCGAGCGUCGGUGCCUCGCCAGAGAUCAUCCAGAUGGCAGACAAGAUCAUCAUUGAAGUCAAUACAGCUUCGCCCAACUUCGAAGGUCUCCACGACAUCACAAUGACAGACCUGCCACCACGAAGGAAACCAUACUUGGUCAUGUCACCAGAAGAUCGAAUCGGCACUCCGCAUAUCCCAGUAGAUCCAGAGCGAGUAGUUGCUAUAGUGGAGUCAGACUAUCCAGACCACACAGCUCCCAACGCCCCGGAAGACGAUACCAGCCGUGCCAUUGCAGGUCAUUUGAUCGAGUUCCUCAAGCACGAAGUCAACCACGGCCGGCUUCCACAAAACCUGCUCCCAAUCCAGUCCGGAAUCGGCAACAUAGCUAAUGCGGUGGUGGGUGGCCUGGCAAGCGGAGGAGCCGACUUCAAGAACCUCAAAGUCUGGACCGAAGUUCUCCAAGACAGUUUCCUCGACCUCUUCGACUCAGGAAAUCUCGACUUCGCCACAGCGACAUCCAUCCGCUUCUCACCCAACGGCUUUGACAGAUUCUACAAAAGCUGGGAAGUCUACGCCCCAAAACUCCUCCUCCGCAGCCAACAAGUCUCCAAUUCCCCAGAGAUAAUCCGAAGACUCGGCGUAAUCGGAAUGAACACUCCCGUCGAAGUCGACAUCUACGCUCACGCCAACUCGACCUGUGUAAUGGGAUCUCGCAUGCUCAACGGUCUAGGCGGAAGCGCCGACUUCCUUCGAUCUUCAAAAUACAGCAUUAUGCACACACCCUCAACUCGACCAAGUAAAACCGAUCCAACCGGCGUCUCGUGUAUUGUGCCUAUGUGUACGCACGUCGAUCAAACGGAGCAUGAUCUCGAUGUCAUCGUGACGGAACAGGGUUUCGCUGAUGUCCGGGGUAUGAGUCCCAGGGAGAGAGCUCGUGAGAUUAUCAAGAAGUGUGCGCAUCCGGAUUACUACCCCAUCCUCCAGGACUAUUUCGAUAAGGCGGAAUUCGAGUGUCUUAAAAAAGGUUGGGGUCAUGAACCGCAUCUUUUGUGGAAUGCUUUUGAUAUGCAUCGGCAUCUUCAUGAGCAUGGAACGAUGAAGAUUUCGAAGUGGGCGUAGGGCUUUGAGGGAUUGGUUUGGUUUCUUUCUGUAUUAUUAUGAUUAUUAUUCUUUCGGGAGCGAGGCGUUAGGAUAAAUUGAGAUGUAGGAAAUCGGAAUCGGAAACGGAAACGCUUGAGUAG